UCCAGUCUGCCUGGUAAGGGCCUCCUCAACCUCUCCAAUCCACCUGCUUCUCCAGUCCCUCAACCCUAUGGGCCCGCUUGACAACUCCCCCAAGGCCUCUAGAACACCCUGCUUCUGCAUGACUCAUCAGGCUUCUCUCUGAACCGUGCGAUCUUGAGAGCAUGUUCAUCAUCAUCAAACAUGGAGAUAAUCAACAGUUUCUGGUCAAUACCAAUUGUUCUAUCCUCCAGUUACUGCUUUACACCCGCCGUAAAGUGGGCUUGACUAAAACAGACACCAUUGAUUUGUGUGAUGAAGCUGGAACAAUGAAGAUGUUUUUCCUGAUGAAGACUCCUGGAGAAUUUGCCAACAAAUUUCUUACACCUCGAAACACUUACUACGUUUGUAAGAUUGAACGUGGAGCACCAGGAACCAGACUUAUUCAUGCCUACAAAGCCUUUGUGCCCAUGCUCAAGAACCCAGAACCUGAGCUGCUAGAUACCUUGCGCACACAGUGUGACAUACUGGAGAGGAACCGAGUGAAGAUGCUCAAAACUCAAGAAGCCAAGAAGGUCACCCCAGUCGAAUCCACUGUGACUCUACCAUCCAAACCAGGACGAUCUGAUGAAGAUGGGCCUGUUGUUCGCAGAGGUCCUUUUUAUAAGACCAGAGCAGACUUCUUCAGACGGGAUAAACAUCGUUAACUAAAUAAAGUGACCAUGUGAGAGCAGCAGUACUAGGGAUGGACUUACUGGAAUUUAAUUAAUUCAUCUUAUUUUUAUUAGUGAUUUAAUAUUGACUUACAAGGCUGUAAAAGAAUAGGCGUAUAAUUAUAUACAGUUCCCACCACCAGAGUUCUGUGUCUAAUCUCCUCCAUUGGACACUUCCCUAUUGUUUAAUCCUCUGGGAGUAUGGACCAAAAUUCUUUUUGGGGUCCAGAAGGCAGGAGUUCGGGCUUGUAUAAUUGCUUCUCCACUAGACAUGGAUGAUAGCAGGUUGAUCCAUACCCCUAACCUGUUUCUAUCUUUCCAUAAUGAGGUAGGGCUCUGGAGAGGUGAGGUUCCAGGAAGCAUUGGUGAAGUCAUUCCUUUAUUAUUAUCUUUUGUUCCUUUUUCUUUCCUCCUCCUCUUUUUUAUUAUUACUUUUUUCCUUUUUGUCGUAAAGUUUCCGUUUUCAAAGGAUUCUUCCCAAUACCUGAACUAUGGAGGUAUUAACUAGACCCCAGGCCCUGCUGAGUCUUAGGGUGGGUGGGAAGGGCAUGAGGGUGCUGGAGCCUGCACUUGGUAGGUGGGGCAAGGAAAGACUGUGAGGUUUGGUACAAUGAGUCUUUGAGAGACAAAGUAAGGGGUGGGGCCUUGGCCAACCAGACUACCUCCCCUUGGGAGGCCUAGUGCAGUCCUUUACUCCUGCUGGGGCGAGUCUACCAGAUCAGUCUACCAGAUUGCUUAUCGUGCCCC